AGAGCGAGCCAACGUACCCACCGGACUCGUGCCUUUGUGCCGUUUUCUCUUCUUCAGCUGUUAUCCCGAGGCUCCGGCCCGGUGUCAGACCGUUCUCAGUUUCUGAGAACUGUUUGAGAAAUGUGUCACCCGUGUGUGGAGGAGUCGAGAGUCGCCAGCUUUAAUAAAACAGAUAAACCAUCAUGAUUCCCAUCACAGAGCUCCGGUACUUUGCUGACACCCAGCCAGCGUACCGCAUUCUGAAGCCAUGGUGGGACGUUUUCACCGACUACAUCUCAAUCGUCAUGCUGAUGAUUGCAGUGUUCGGUGGGACACUGCAGGUCACGCAGGACAAGAUGAUCUGCCUGCCUUGCAAGUGGGUCGUCAACAUGUCGUGCGAGACCAUGCCUGUCCCAAAUGUGACCACCUCCUAUCCACCGGAACCCAAAGGCAUUCAGUACGACCUUGACCGACAUCAGUAUAACUACGUCGAUGCCGUCUGCUACGAGAACAAACUACACUGGUUUGCCAAAUAUUUCCCGUAUCUGGUGCUACUCCACACCCUAAUUUUUUUGGCCUGCAGCAACUUCUGGUUCAAAUUCCCCCGCACAAGCUCCAAACUGGAACAUUUUGUCUCCAUCCUACUCAAGUGCUUCGACUCCCCAUGGACAACGAGGGCUUUGUCUGAGACCGUGGUGGAGGAGAGCGACCCCAAACCUGUGGGAAAAAUGAACAGUUCAAUGGAUAAGAAGGCCUCAAGUGUGAGUGAGGAUGUUGAGGCUAGCGUGCCCAUGCUCCAGCGAACAAAGUCCAGAAUUGAACAGGGAAUUGUGGAUCGCUCUGAAACUGGAGUUUUAGAUAAAAAAGAAGGGGAGCAGGCCAAAGCCCUUUUUGAAAAAGUAAAGAAGUUCAGGAUCCAUGUGGAGGAAGGUGAUAUAGUGUACCGCCUUUAUAUUCGUCAGACCAUAAUCAAAGUAAUAAAAUUUAUAUUGAUAAUUUGCUACACAGCCUACUAUGUACAAUACAUCAGGUUCAGUGUAGUGUGCCCAGUGAACAUUGAGAAACUGACAGGGUACAACAUGUUUUACUGUGCUCACCCAUUAGCCACUCUUUUCAAAAUUUUAGCCUGUUUCUACAUCAGCUUGGUGGUGGUUUAUGGUCUCAUCUGCAUGUACACGCUCUGUUGGAUGCUCAGACGCUCCCUCAAACGAUACUCCUUUGAAUCGAUCCGUGAGGAAAGCAGUUACAGUGACAUUCCUGACUUAAAGAAUGACUUUGCCUUCAUGCUACACAUGAUAGAUCAGUAUGAUCCUCUCUAUUCCAAACGCUUCGCUGUCUUUCUGUCAGAGGUUAGUGAGAACAAGCUGAGGCAGCUGAAUUUAAACAAUGAGUGGACAUUAGAGAAGCUGAGGCAGCGAAUCACCAAGAACUCUCAGGAUAAGCAGGAGUUACACCUCUUCAUGCUUAGUGGGAUCCCAGACACAGUCUUUGAUCUGAUUGAACUAGAGGUGCUCAAACUGGAGCUUAUCCCAGACGUCACAAUCCCACCAAUCAUUGCUCAGCUUUCCAGCCUGAGGGAGAUGUGGCUCUACCACACACCUGCCAAAAUUGAGGCUCCAGCUCUGGCUUUCUUAAGAGAGAACCUGAAAUCACUCCACAUCAAGUUCACUGAUAUCAAGGAGAUCCCACUGUGGAUCUACAGUCUAAAGAACCUCAGUGAGUUACAUCUAACUGGGAACUUGAGUGCUGAGAACAACCGUUACAUUGUCAUCGAUGGGCUCAGAGAGCUCAAAAGUCUCAAAGUGUUGCGUCUGAAAAGCAACCUGACCAAGCUCCCCCAGGUGGUAACGGAUGUGGGGGUACACCUUCAGAAGCUCUCCAUCAAUAAUGAGGGUACCAAGCUGAUGGUGCUCAACAGCCUGAAGAAAAUGGUCAACCUGACAGAGCUUGAGCUUGUUCGCUGUGAUCUUGAACGGAUUCCACACUCCAUCUUUAGUUUGCACAACCUGCAGGAGAUUGACCUGAAAGACAACAAUCUCAAGACAAUAGAGGAGAUUAUCAGCUUCCAGCACCUGCACCGCCUCGUGUGCCUGAAGCUCUGGUACAACCAGAUCGCCUACAUCCCCAUUCAGAUCGGCACACUCACCAACUUGGAGAGACUGUAUCUGAACAGAAACAAGAUUGAGAAGAUCCCCAGCCAGCUCUUCUUCUGCCGCAAGCUGCGCUUCUUAGACCUGAGUCACAACAAUCUGACCAGCAUCCACCCCGACGUGGGCUUCCUCCAGAACCUGCAGUACUUUGCUGUAACUGCAAACAGAAUCGAGACUUUGCCCCCGGAGCUGUUCCAGUGUAAGAAGCUACGUACUCUGAAUUUGGGGAACAACUGCUUACAGACGCUGCCAUCACGUUUUGGAGAACUCACCGGCCUGACCCAACUUGAGCUUAGAGGGAACCGUCUAGAGUGCCUCCCGGUCGAGCUCGGAGAGUGUCGACUCUUGAAGAGGAGCGGCCUGGUGGUGGAGGAAGAUCUGUUCAGCACGCUGCCAUCAGAAGUCAAAGAGCAGCUUUGGAGGGCUGAUAAGGAGCAAGCUUGAGCAGAGGAAGAAGAUGGAUCAGAGGAACAAACAAGAAGUGCUUUAUUAAAGAAAGAUGCAGCAGUGUUGACCUUGCAGGCAAUGAAAAGUGAAGUUAGGACCAGUAAAAGUAAGAAUGUCAAAGAGGUCCAAAUAUGAAAAGACUACCCCUCAUGCUUGUAAAGGACAAAACUCAUGAUAAGUCUCGGGGAUCAGUGUUGGUUCAGCAACAUGGCUUUUCUGUGUUUUAUUUGCUGCGGGACUAUGAGGAUGCUGGCAGGUGAUGUUGAAUAUGCAUGUCACAGUAGGAUCUUUAAAGCAAAGUUGUUUAUUAGUCAGUUUUGCGCUACUUAAAAGUGCUCACGACCAUUACCUUGCUGUGCACAGGAUACUUGCAAAAGUAAACGACGAUUGCCUGCUUUUCCUCUGGAUUGGAGACUUUUGGAGAAAUUUCUACAUAUGCAUUUAAAGUUGCAGUGCAGUGUGGCUCUCUACAUGGACAGAUGUUUUUGAAAGAAGUACUGCACAACUGCUAGCCAAUCUGUUAAGGCAUGAAGAUUCAUCAGUGUUAUUUUCUUCUGACUUUCUUUACACUCCAGCUGCUUGUAGGCGUCGUUUUAUGCCAACAAAAUUACUUUGGUGAAUAUUAAGAAAGCAUCUCACAGCUCCGGCCUUAACUCAGAAGAUGACGUGUAAGACAAGCUGUCAAGUAUUCAGUGGGAGUAGAUGGGAAUGAACUCUACAGUGCAAUGUCUAAAUACCCUGCAGUUAAAUAAUAACUGCAUGAGGAGCAGUGGAGAAAUCUGCAAUCCUUCUUGGACUCUGUUUUGCAUCACCAAGCAUUAUGUUUACUUCAGUGUGUGACAGGCAUUAGCUUUUUUUAUGACUUAAAGUCACCGUUACAAACACAUCUUAAGGAGUUGUGUAAGGGGAGUGUUUGGAAAAGUAUCAUAUGUGCUUGAAAGGCUCAACAUGUAACACCUUUAUUUUAAGUUUCUGGAACAUAUUGAUGUUAUGAGAAAUAUUAAGUGACCUUUGCUCAUUUCAGAGCUUUCAGAGUACACAUUAAGCUCCCUGCUUACAUAAAGUUAGCGUUCCCUAUUUUGGAGCUACGACACAAAGAGAAAAAAAAUUAUCUCUUUCAUUUUCAAAUAUAAAAGUAAGCAGGCUUUCAGAGGAAGUCGUUCAGUGUUAAGAUGAUGUAUCACUGUACUUUUUAUUUUCUGUGUUUUGAAUUAUGAAGUCUUAGAUGAACCAAUGUGGCACCUCCGAGUGGAUGAACAAAACGUGAAAUAGGAGUCAUUCACUGCCAGUCUGAAAAAGAAGUGUUGACUCAAGUGCUCUGCUGUUCUUGUGUGAGCUCUUGUGUAUUUAUCAAGCUCAGUUUACUCCCGGAAAGAGCCGACAUUUGUCAGAUUAGUUUAUUCCUUUGCAGGGCAAAGGAGGACAAACAGGAAAUUACAGAGUGAAAAGAACUGGUUUCAACCAGCUUCCACAAGGGACACAUUUUUUUAGGCUAGUAAGACUGCAAAAUAAGUGGUAUUCAUGCUCCAAAUGAGUGCAACAUGCUUUGUCUGCUUGAAACACUUUUCUUGUUAAGACCUAGGAUUUAAUAGCAUCAUUUGGAGCAAAUCUGCAAUGUUUACUCCUGCCAGACAUCUCUUGUUGCUAGUAUGGCCUUAGCUUUUACAAGCUAUACCCUUUUAAUGAUCACAAACAUAAUCGGGGCCUUUUUUUUUAUUCUAGUGCUGUAAAAUGUAUAGCUCAAAUAUUUAACAUGCUUGUUGUGCAUUGUGUAGUUUUAUUCUAACCAGCUGGUUCCUUUUGAUUUUUAGCUGAUUUAGGGAGGGCCAUGUAAACAGGUUUGAUCAGAGCAGACUGCAGUGACUUGCUCUGUUAGAUGCCAAAAACAUGUGCAAAUUAAUUUAGGUGGUAUCACAAAGACGUACAUAUACUAACUGGACAGAGAUAGAAGGACAAGCUGCAGCGGAUGAUCGUUUAUAUCGGUGAAAAGUACUUUUAAUAUUGUAAUAUGGGUCAUUGUGGUGGUGCAGUUGACGGUAAGCCUCUCUCCUGCUAACAUGUUUGUACAGUUCACAGCAGUUGUGUGAGGUGUGUUUUGAUUCAUCCAUUUGUUUAAAACCAUUCAAAACUCACCCCUAGUUAUAUGAUCUUUACAUGCUGGUCAUAUCUUACAGUGAUGGAUGGUUACAAGUUUCAUUCUCAUUUCUGAGCAGUUACAAAAUUCUUGGUUGAGCAUUUAUAGUUAAUACUACUCUAUAAGUUUGAUUACCAUUAAAAAUUGACUCACGUAUCAAAAUUAGCUGAGUUUGCUAAAAGUGUAUUUGUACAUAUUGAUCUGGGAGCUUUUCUUGCAGCAGCUCUGUAAUCGGAUCUCAUUCUGUUCUGUGAACAUGUGGAGGACAUGUUUUUUUCCCAGGAGCUGCUUCCGUCAUAUUUCCCGUCCUCCACCGCUAUGACUCAGCUUCCCAGCCCGUCACUUCCCUCUGAGUCAUGCGUUUCACUUCCAGCCUACUCCCUUUCCGCUCAUGUCAGCGUUAGUAGAUCUGUCGAAGGUCUGAGCUGAGGUCACUCAGAUGUUUUGCCAAACCCCAAAAAGAGGAAGCUGUGGUGACACGCUGCUUGGUUACAAGAAAACACAACCCUUUGAAUUUAAUAUUUAUCACAUAAGAAGUGACAUUUUCAUCCGGACAUUUAGCUUUGUUGUUAAAUUGUGCAGAUGUGCUAAAACGUAGAUUUUUUAUUUUUGCUGCCUUUUUAUUAGAAGUGCAAAAUAUCACACAUGGUGUUAUGUAUGUCCUGUGCCUUAAGUAGUUUUAUUUGUGCAAACUAACACUUUUUUCUUUUUCUCCCUUUCUGCAUGUAUUUAGAUUUUAGAGCAGCCUGUGAGUUUUUCUUGGACAUAAUUCAGCAGAACAGUUUUUGACAAUCUUAUUUAAUGGAAGUGGAGGUGAGCCCACUUUCCAGUGUGGGCUUUGUGCUCAUCUGUAAAUACCUGCAAUAGAAAGGAUGUACAUUUCAAGAAAGCCACAUAAAGUUAAUUUCAAUCAUGCAAAAUCUCAGAAUUUGCAGACUAUUGUACAAAAAUAUUUAAUCGCUAAACUGCCGUAAUUGCAUCCAUAUAUAAACAAUUCCUUCCUUUCUCUUUUUGCUUUUUUUUUGCUUUUUUUUUUUUUUUUUUUUUUUGAAGUACACAAUUGUAUUUACUGUGUACAACUAAUUUUGUCUUUGUAUCCUGAUGCCUGUAGAUCUGGGACUAAUGAAAACACUUUCAUGCUUUCCUUUUGGUGUCAUAUCCAUCUCUGUAUCAAGCAUGAGUUUGUUGAUAACUUGUGUGCAGUAUAGCCAUAAUGAAAACCUCCCUUUUAACCUCCAGCAACAAUCUUGUUGAAUAUAAACUUUAAGCUGAAUGGACAGACUUGUGUCAAUCAGUGCUGUCUGUAUCACAUGUAACAAGGCCUUUUUGCCAGGUGAACUGAACACUGGCUUUUUAAGUGUCUGUAACAGUGGAACUCACUGAAUGUUCAGAGUCUACUUUUAUACCAUUCUAACACAUAAUAAAAAUUGACACUUAACACUAAA